GCUCAACCGUCAUCACAUCACCGACCUUGUUUCUACUACUGCUAUCAUCCCUUUUUACUUCUCCGUAUUACUUCACUCACUUCUGCAGAGGAACCAGGACUCUUCUUUAUUCGCUUUUAACUUCGAUACCCUAGAACACCUUGCUGUCUCGCAGCUGACUGUCACCAUGCCUAGCGCCACGGGAGAGAGCUGGGAGAAGUACAAGAAGAACUUUGCGGAUGAGGAGGAACCUGAGAAGAAGAUCACACCUCUCACAGAUGACGACAUUCAAGUACUCAAGACCUACGGUGCCGCACCGUACGCGACCGCAUUAAAGAGACUCGAAAAGCAGAUCAACGAGAAACAGGCGAGCGUGAAUGAGAAGAUUGGCAUCAAGGAAUCCGACACCGGACUCGCACCUCCACACCUUUGGGACGUUGCCGCAGACCGGCAACGUAUGGCCGAGGAGCAGCCCUUGCAAGUCUCUCGCUGUACAAAAAUUAUCCAGGAUGAAAAGGAUUCGGAUAAGAGCAAAUAUGUCAUCAACGUCAAGCAGAUUGCCAAGUUCGUUGUCAACUUAGGGGAGCGCGUGAGUCCUACGGAUAUCGAGGAGGGCAUGAGAGUUGGUGUGGACCGUAACAAGUACCAGAUUAUGCUGCCGCUCCCUCCGAAGAUCGACCCCAGCGUGACCAUGAUGACCGUCGAAGAGAAGCCCGACGUUACAUACGGAGAUGUUGGGGGAUCGAAAGACCAGAUUGAGAAGCUGCGGGAAGUCGUCGAGAUGCCAUUGCUGUCGCCCGAACGUUUCGUCAACCUCGGUAUCGAUCCUCCCAAGGGCGCCCUGCUUUACGGACCCCCCGGUACCGGAAAGACACUCUGUGCUCGUGCAGUCGCCAACCGAACGGACGCUACAUUCAUUCGUGUUAUUGGUAGUGAACUGGUUCAGAAGUACGUUGGUGAGGGUGCACGGAUGGUUCGAGAACUCUUUGAGAUGGCACGGACCAAGAAAGCAUGUAUCAUCUUCUUUGAUGAAAUUGAUGCGGUUGGUGGUGCUCGUUUCGAUGACGGAGCUGGCGGCGAUAACGAAGUCCAGCGUACUAUGCUUGAGUUGAUCACUCAAUUGGACGGUUUCGACUCGCGUGGUAACAUCAAGGUCAUGUUCGCAACCAACCGGCCUUCGACUUUGGACCCUGCCCUGAUGCGGCCCGGUCGUAUUGACCGUAAGAUUGAGUUCUCCCUUCCCGACGUCGACGGUCGGGCCAACAUCCUUCGAAUUCACGCCAAGAGCAUGUCGGUGGAGCGCGACAUCCGGUGGGAGCUUAUCUCUCGACUCUGCCCCAACUCCACUGGUGCUGAGCUGCGGAGUGUUGCAACAGAGGCCGGUAUGUUUGCCAUUCGCGCACGGAGAAAGAUCGCGACGGAGAAGGACUUUUUGGCAGCGGUGGACAAGGUCAUCAAGGGCAACCUGAAGUUCAACUCGACGGCGACGUACAUGCAGUACAACUAGACAUUUUUUGCAUGGACGGAUGUAUGAUGAUAUUUAGUAUUUAGUGGAUUCAUAAUACUCAAGGCUUCACUAAGACCAGUUGAGUAGAUCACGUGCUGU